UAGAAGCAGGAGGUUCUCAACCUAGUGACAGUCACAGAGCAGCACCUACCCCCUCCUCCUUUCCACACCUGCAAACUCUUUUGCUUGGGCUGAAUAUUUAGUGUAAUUACAUCUCAGCUUUGAGGGCUCCUGUGGCAAAUCCCCGGAUUAAAAGGUUCCUUGGCUGUGAAAAUACAUGAGCUAAACCAUGAAGGCAACUAUCAUCUUCCUCCUGCUUGCACAAGUUUCCUGGGCUGGGCCGUUCCAACAGAGAGGCUUAUUUGACUUUAUGCUAGAAGAUGAGGCUUCCGGGAUAGGCCCGGAGGACCGUGCACCUGACAUGCCUGACCUCGAGCUUCUGGGACCUGUGUGUCCCUUCCGCUGUCAGUGCCAUCUCCGAGUGGUCCAGUGUUCCGACCUGGGUCUGGACAAAGUACCAAAAGAUCUUCCCCCUGACACUACGCUGCUCGACUUGCAAAACAACAAAAUCACCGAAAUCAAAGAUGGAGACUUCAAGAACCUCAAGAACCUGCAUACCUUGAUUCUUGUAAACAACAAAAUUAGCAAAAUCAGCCCUGGAGCAUUUACACCUUUGUUGAAAUUGGAACGACUUUAUCUGUCCAAGAAUCAUCUGAAGGAAUUGCCAGAAAAAAUGCCCAAAACUCUUCAGGAGCUGCGUGCCCAUGAGAAUGAGAUCACCAAAGUUCGAAAAGCUGUGUUCAAUGGACUGAACCAGAUGAUCGUCGUAGAGCUGGGCACCAAUCCCCUGAAGAGUUCAGGGAUUGAAAAUGGAGCCUUCCAGGGAAUGAAGAAGCUCUCCUAUAUCCGCAUUGCUGAUACCAAUAUAACUACCAUCCCUCAAGGUCUUCCUCCUUCCCUUACUGAAUUACAUCUUGAAGGCAACAAAAUCACCAAGGUUGAUGCAUCUAGCCUGAAAGGACUGAAUAAUUUGGCUAAGUUGGGACUGAGUUUUAACAGCAUCUCCGCUGUUGACAAUGGCACUCUAGCCAACACUCCUCAUCUGAGGGAGCUUCACUUGGACAACAAUAAGCUCAUCAGAGUACCCGGUGGGCUGGCGGAGCAUAAGUACAUCCAGGUUGUCUACCUUCAUAACAACAAUAUAUCUGCAGUCGGAUCUAAUGACUUCUGCCCACCUGGAUACAACACCAAAAAGGCUUCUUAUUCAGGUGUGAGCCUUUUCAGCAACCCAGUGCAGUACUGGGAGAUCCAGCCAUCCACCUUCCGGUGUGUCUACGUGCGCUCUGCCAUCCAGCUUGGAAAUUAUAAAUAAUUCCCAAGAAAGCCCUAGUUUUUAUAACCUGGCAAAAUCCCAUUAAUAUCAUUGCUCAAAAAAAAAAAAAAUGAAAGCUAGAUACUGGAAACUUAACUGCAAUGUGGAUCUUUUUCCCACAUGAUUUAUAAUACAUAAAGCCGAAUAUGCAGUUUAAAUAAUUGCCUACAAUAAAAAAAUAUUUUGCCUGCCA